AUGGACAAGUUAGACAUUUUUAAGGGGCAGAUGUUGCUACUGGAGUUAGAGGAUGAGUGUGUGAUCGGGGAAGUUCUGCAUAUCGGCGCCAAGCGAUCAUUCGUACGGUUACAAAAUGUGCGUGAUUUUCAAAGCAACUUACCUAUCGCUGGCAAGCAGGACUAUUAUAGUUCAGAAAUACGCAGUAUAAAAAUUAUCGAAAAAAAUCCGCCUAUCGAUCCAAACAAUUUAUCCCAGGUUGGUACCUCGGUUGUAUCGUCCGCCGCUGCUGAAUCGGUAACCCGAAUUGAUCUGGAAGAUGUUAAGGAAAUUUUCGACCGAAUUGACGGGCACAUUUUCAUACACCAAACCGAUAUGAAGUACCACGAUGCAGUGAAGUACCUGAAAACGCAAAAAAUGAUCGGCGUAGCAAUGGAGGGCAUUGCCGGUGGUCGACAUGCGAGGGCACCUUCACUGUUGUCCAUCGCAACAUUGGAUCGGAUUUACAUUUUUGAUGUGAUGUGGAUGAACGUUACUAGCGAUAUCAAAUCGAUUUUGGUCAAUCCAAAGGUGCGUCGUGUUGUCCACAACGGUCGACUGCUGGAGGACGUUUUGAAACAUCGCUUCGGGGCCCCACUGGGAAAAUGCUUCGACACGUUGGUUGCGCACAUUUCUACGAAUAAACAUUUCGACGAUCAAAAUGAACUAUCCAUCCAGGAAUGUCUUUCAAAGUACUUAAAUCUUCCAAACAAUUUUUUCGAUAGCACGAUUGCUUUUGCCAACCGCCCUCUAACUGAAACUCAACGUAAGGCUGCCGCCAAGAAUGUUGCCUUUCUGCUAAUGCUACAGGACUAUCUGGUACACGAGGUGAUGCUAGAAUCGUUCUAUCAAAGCUGUAAUCAAUACAGUUCCAGUUUGGCUGGUAAUGCCGAACAUUUUGAGAGCAUCAUAAAGUUGUCCAAAGGACGUAAUGAGGAUUUGAAUGACAUCGAUCAGUUUAAGCUGAACAUUCGUGCGGAUCAGAGUAAUGAUAGAAAUGAAGUUGACCGUUACAGGAUAUAGUUAAACAAAAUGCUUUUGAUGAUGAAUUAAGAGUGCAGGCAUUGGAAAGUUGGAAGAAAGUGUCAUUUUUUGUGUGUAAAACAUGUUUCAAAUGAAACCAAAAGUGCAAAUUCUAGAGAGAUGACAUCCAUAUGAAGAAAACAAUUAGUAACGAUCAACCAAGACAAGAUAUUUCUCCAAUGCAUUGAGUGCGGUUGUGAUUACUGAAUCAUUUAUUUUUCAUAAUCCUAUGAUUUCUCUACAUUAUAAUUGGUUUAUGCAGCAAAGUGUUGCCGGUUAUACGAGAAGCGUUUACUUUCAUGUGCCAAUUUUAGGUCGAUGUGUCGGAUUGAACCUUUUUUUUAAUUUUUUUCUCGCUUCUCGUUAGGAUUGUUUGAAAAUAUAAUGCAAUAAUUUAAAAACUUCUGCGAACCAUAGCAA